GAGAAAGUCGCGGUGAUGGAGUCUCUGUCCCUCCGGAAUGGGUGCAGUUGCGAGCCGGAGCCCGGAGUGACGGUUGAAGAUCUGCUCCUGGUUAUCGGGGAGAGGAUCGGAUUUGAUAAUAUAGUGGCGGCAUCUCGUGUGGAUAAAGCGAUUGUGGUAUUUUUGAAGUCUGAAUCGCUGGUAAAUCAGUUGACUGUGAGCGCGUUAUGGGUUAAAGAAACGUUUGUUGCCGUUAACGUGUUAUCCGAUUCGGCAACAAAAAUUACGAUCACCAAUGUUCCUCCAUUUGUAUCGAAUGACGCGAUUGCGAAAGAGUUACAGAAGUUUGGGACGAUAGCGAGCCCUGUAGAAAUGAUUCCCCUCGGGUGUAAAAACGUGGCACUUAAUCACGUCGUUUCCUUUAGCCGCCAGGUUUAUAUGUUUCUGACUUCACCCACGCGUACUCUAGAAGUUUCCUUCUCUGUGAAUCACGGAGAAAACUCGUACAUGGUAUCUGCGAGCACUGAGAGUUUGCGGUGUUUUGAGUGCGGAGAUUUGGUCCAUACACGGUGUGCGUGUCCACAUAGAGAUGAUCAACGGCCGUCCACUUCCAGAGCUGAUGCUGGAGUUACUGAACAUCAUAGACAACAUGAAGCAGAGCAGAGGAGUGUGGAACAAGAUGGAGUCACAGAGAGUCAGUACAGGAGAUCAAACUCAUCAGAUUCUCCAGCAUCUUCAUCAUGGCUGAUUCACAAGCAUCCAGAGAUGGAGAUUUCUCUCCAGGACGCAGUUCAGUCCAGCAGAAGAGCUCAAACCCAGAGUGUGUCUAUGAAGAGUGACCGCUCUAUGGAUGACCCGCCACAGUUUAAGAGUGGAGACACACGGCCUGAUCUCAGUUCAGUCCAGCAGAAGAGCUCAAACCCAGAGUCCAGCUGUGUGUCUGUGAAGAGUGACUGGUCUAUGGAUGAGCCACUUACGUUUAAGAUUGGAGACAAGUGCUCUGAUCUCAGUUCAGUCCAGCAGAAGGGCUCAAACCCAGAGUACAGCUGUGUGUCUAUGAAGAGUAACCGCUCUAUGGAUCCGCCACCAAAGUUUGAGAGUGGAAACACACAGCCUGAUCUCAGCUUCGACUCUAAACAUGAAGUCCUCAACACACUGAGAUCAAAUCUGAGACAGAAGUUUGAGUGUGUGUGUGAGGGAAUAUCAAAGCAGGGAAACCCAACACUCCUGAAUGAGAUCUACACAGAGCUCUACAUCACAGAGAGUGGAAGUGGAGAGAUCAAUAAUGAGCAUGAGGUGAGACAGAUUGAGACACAGUCCAGGAGAGCAGAAACAGAGGACACACCGAUCAAAUGCAGAGACAUCUUUAGACCUUUACCUGGACAAGACAAACCCAUCAGAACUGUGCUGACAAAGGGAGUCGCUGGCAUUGGGAAAACAGUCUCUGUGCAGAAGUUCAUCCUGGACUGGGCUGAAGGGAAAGAGAAUCUGGACAUCCAGCUCAUAUUUCCACUGGCUUUCAGAGAGCUCAACUUGAUGAAGGACAAAACACUCAGUCUUUCAGAUCUUCUUCAUCUCUUCUUCCCUGAAACCAGAGAAAUGGCCAUAUCCAGUGAGGAGUAUAAAGUGCUGUUCAUCUUUGAUGGUCUGGAUGAGUGUCGUCUGUCUCUGGAUUUUCAGAGCGAUGUGAGGUUGUGUGAUGUGACUGAAUCAGCCUCAGUGGACGAGCUGCUGACGAACCUCAUUGUGGGGAAUCUGCUUCCCUCGUCUCUCAUCUGGAUCACCUCCAGACCAGCAGCAGCGGAUCUCGUGCCCUCUGUGUGUGUCCAUCGAGUGACAGAGGUACGAGGCUUCAGUGACACACAUAAGGAGGAAUACUUCAGGAAGAGGAUCAGUGAUCAGAGUCUGGCCGACAGGAUUAUCUCACACCUGAAGUCCACAAAGAGCCUCUUUAUUAUGUGCCACAUCCCAGUGUUCUGCUGGAUCUCAGCCACUGUUCUAGAGGAGAUGUGCAGUGAAGCAGAGAGACGAGAGAUUCCCAAGACUCUCACUCAAAUGUACACACACUUCCUGCUCAUUCAGACCAACAUCAAACAUGAGAAGGACUAUGAGAAGAAAGUGAAAGAUGAAGACAUGAUCCUCAAACUGGGGGAACUGGCGUAUCGGCAGCUUCUGAAAGGCAACCUUAACUUCUAUGAGGAAGACCUGAGCGAAUGUGGCAUUGAUGUGGCAGAAGCAUCAGUUUACUCAGGAUUGUGCACUCAGAUCUUCAGAGAGGAGUUGGGCUUGUGUCUGGGGAAAGUCUUCUGCUUUGUUCAUCUGAGCAUUCAGGAACAUCUAGCAGCUCUAUAUGUGCAUCUCUCCUUUAUCAACAAUAACAUCAAUGUGUUUGACCAGAUUACCAAACCAACUAUUGGAGGCAAAGUGUCCCUAUCUGAUCUCCAUCAGAGAGCUGUGGAUGAGGCUUUACACAGUAGAAAUGGGCAUCUGGACCUUUUCCUUCGUUUCCUUCUGGGUCUGUCAGUGGAGUCUAAUCAGAGUCUCUUACAAGAACUAAAGACACAGACAGCAAACAGCUCUCACAACAAUGAGGGAACAGUCGACUAUAUUAAAGAGAAGAUCAGUGAGAAUCCCUCUCCAGAGAAAUACAUCAAUCUGUUUCACUGUCUGAAUGAACUAGGUGAUCUUUCUCUAGUGAACAAAGCUAAACCUCAUAUGAGCCGUGGAGGAUUACGUGAAGUGAAACUCUCCUCGUCUCAGUGGUCAGCUUUAGUGUUUGUGUUGUUGUCCUCAGAGCAGGCAAUGCGUCAUUUUAACCUAAACAGCUUAUUUGGAGCCACUAAUAAUGACUCCUCUAUCACCCUGAAAGCUCAAAACACAGCAGAUGAAGUUCUUCAGAAGCUGAUGCCUGUGGUUACAGCAACUAGAUCAGCUGUGUUGAGUAAGUGUGGUGUCACAGAUGAAGGUUGUGCUGCUCUGGCUUCAGCUCUGAGAUCAAACCCUUCACACCUGAGAACACUGAAUCUGAAUCUGAAUAAUAUAGGAGACUCAGGAGUGAAGCUGCUCUCUAUUGUAUUGAAGAAUCCUCAUUGUAAACUGAAGGAACUGUGGUUGAGUAAGUGUGGUGUCACAGAUGAAGGUUGUGCUGAUCUGGCUUCAGCUUUGAGUUCAAACCCCUCACACCUGAGAGAACUGAAUUUGUCAUAUAAUAAACUAGGAGACUCAGGAGUGAAGCUGCUUUCUGCUGUAUUGGAGAACCCUCACUGUAAACUGGAGAAACUGUGGUUGAGUAAGUGUGGUGUCACAGAUGAAGGUUGUGUUGCUCUGGCUUCAGCUCUGAGAUCAAACCCCUCACACCUGAGACAACUGAAUCUGAAUUGGAAUAAUCUAGGAGACUCAGGAGUGAAGCUGCUCUCUGGUCUGAAGGAUAAUCCUCAUUAUGAACUGCAGAUAUUAUGGACUAGUAUUGGUUGACAAUCUGAUCUUCUCAGGAUCAUCUCUACAGAGACGCGCAGUUAACAGAAUCAACCGAGACUGAAGAUACAGUGAUUUCACUGUUUUAAAUUAACACUUCAUUUAGAUUUCAGCAAUCCUCUGACAAACAUGAUGAGGUGGCAGUAAAACGCUUUUUAUUUCAGAGCAGCAAAUUACAGUUUCUCAUUUAUAGGUUAAUCAUUUUAUUUGUAUAAACAUACAGUAUAAAUUCAAAAAGGUUAGAGUUUUGUUAGAAAAAAUAUAGCGCCUGGAUGUGUUUGUGCUGUACCAGCAGAGGGAGACAAAGUCUGAUAAAAGGUCCAUUUGUUGUGAUUAAUAAAAAAACCCCAGUUCAAGCUCACCUUUGGAAUACAAAUAAUAGAACCUUGAGUGUAUAUAAUGAUAGUUGUAUUACAUUUGUAUUAAUGUAUUUAGUGUUUCUUUGUAAAAUUAUAAAUGGUGGUAACAUUUAUU